GGGGAAGCUAUUACUCAUGAACUACAAGCUGAAGAUCGACCAAGCAUUGAUCAAGAUUUAGAUGACGAAGAAAUUGCGACACAAGGUUCUACUUAUCAUUCAAAAGUUGAUCCGACUGUCUACAUAGCGUGGCGGGUUACAGAAUCUGGUCGCGUGUUAGAGCUAAGGCGAUUUUUAAUACAUUCUCAAGAGGAUACUGGUGAAGCCGUCGAUCAGCCUGGUGAAGCAACCCGAGCUGUUCCAACUUAUUAUAGUCGUUUUGAAGUAACAUUAUUACAAGAAUUGACUCCUCUGAUACAUGCUGUUGACUACGAAAACAUUGUAAUCGGUUGCACAGACGGGACGAUUUUGUACCUGCAGCACCAACCGAUUCCACAUUCUUUUGGAGUUCCAGAAAGGAUUAACGAGGAUAAUUUUACCCAAGUUGUUCUUGGGAAAAAUCUAUUUGGGAAGAUGAUGAAAUUAGUAUUUCCUCGCCAAGAAAUUCCAAUAAUUGAUACCGAAGAAGAUGAGUCCAAUCCACUUUCUUUUAUUCAAGAUGAUGAUACAGACACGGAUAUGAAUGAUUCUGAAGAUUGGCCACUAGAUUAUAAUGAACCAUUAAAUCCAUUACCCCCAAUUCCACAAAAAUAUAUUCAGGCAUUAGUAUCAAGUAAUAUACAUAGUCCAAUGUCUUUCCAUUUUGUCGUUUUUAUUCCUACUUCUGGUGAUGGUUUCUUCAGGCUUUAUCGCGUUCGAGUCGAUUCAUCAGGCGGUUUAAAAGAAAUGUUUAUGAUCGGUCAAACAUUUAAUAAUCCAUGUGAACAGCUUCAAAAUCGCGAUUUUCCUUUUCGAAAUUUAGUAGACAUGGGAUUAACACAUGGUCAUUUAGUAGAAGAAAAAGAACCCGACAAUGGAAAUGGGCAAACCUGGAGGCAAGAAUGGAGAUUAUGGGCAUUAUGGAAACGAAAUCGUCAAGCAACAUUGACUUAUACAAAUUUUAAUAUAACUUAUUACGGCUCUUACGAUAGCAACAUUGAAGAUUCUAUCUCUGCUAUAGAAAUGUUUAAUUUUGGAAAACGAUGGGAGUUUGUAACAAAUUCACCAAUUAAAACACAUGACCAUGGAUAUUUAUCUAAUAUGCUUAAAGAUGGUGAUGAGCAAUUGGAUUAUGUCCAAGUUUAUACAAACUACUUAUUUUGCCCUGGACGAUUUUCAUCAUCCAUUAUUAAAUACGCACUUAAAAAGUAUAUUAAAAGCAUUGUAAAAGAUGAACCUGAAGAUUUUGAUCUUUCGAACGUCGAAGGAGAUCUUAAACAAAAAGUAAAACAAGUGGUAGCAAGACAUAUUCGUUUACGUAACGAUCGCGAGAACGACAUUCCACUCGAAAAUGAACAUAGAACAAGUAUUACUCAUCAAGAUAGCAUAUCUGUGCUUCGUGUUUGCGAUAUAUUAGAGUUCCUACAAUAUUAUACUGGGGAAGAGGCGCACGAAUUAAAUUUAAGUAUAUCAUACAAUCAAUUACUUCCAUUGUAUCCUAUGACAAGUGAAUGCGAAGAGGUUGAUAUCAUAAAUGUGUUCGCCGCUGCGAACUUGGUUAUAUCUCCUAUGACAGAAAUUGAUUUAUUAAUUUUUGACCGUAAAAUCAUUCAAACACUACCUAAACCGAUGAUGGUUUCGGUGGCGCAAAGUGUUUCGGACUUAUACGAUAAUUAUUUACGUCACCGUUUGUCACCAGAUUUAAAAGCUAAAAUAUGGUCUAGAUUGGAUUUGUGUUCACGAUUAGAAAGAGCAUUUCACACCAUUAUUGGAGCUUUGAAUGACGUCAAAUUUAUAAUUCAUGAAAGGGAUGAUAGAAUUGACACAGCUAAAACUACCAUUUUCGUGGACGCUUUAAUAGCAUCUGCUGCAACUGAUGUUAUUCAAUCUCAUUAUAUUAUAGCUCGUAAUAUCUUUCUCUUGUUGGUAGUAAUACUUAGCACUAAACCAAAUUCUGGUUUUGAUCAGAGAGCGUCCAUGGCGAUGUCUACUCUAUAUGUGUAUAUGAUACUAAAGUGGAUAUCAGAACAAUCUGCAUAUUCAGAUGCAACGACAGAUUCUGCAUCUGAAGAUGGCAAGCUUACGAAAUUUCCAUAUUUGAAUGUGAUUGAUGCCACGAAGAAUGUAGAAUCUCCAGAUUUGCGAUAUAGUUUGCUCUAUAGUCUUAUUGUCCAACGCUAUCCUCUUGAUCUGAGAUUCCGAUCGCAAUUAAUGCCUAUAAUAAUCACACGCGGAGUUCAAGAAUUAUUGGAUAAAAUUGGAUUUUUACCAGAAACACCACAUAUCAUGGUUAUGGCACCUGAAACAUAUGCUAAAUUUGGUCAUCUUUUGGAAGCAUCUGGUUACAUAGGUCAUCUUAAUCAAUACGUUCGUUUAUUGCUUGAUACACCAGCAAAUUUGUAUCUUCAUGGAAAGCAACUUUUAAAAGAGCGUAAAUAUGAUGAAGCUGAGUAUAAAUUUAAAAGAGCAGGAGCUGGAUUUGCCCAUGAUAUGACACUUCCUCCUUAUACUGCAGGACCAAUUAUUCCGUCACAAGAUUAUAUACCUGGAAAUUUGACAGCGUAUUAUCGUCAUGUCGCCGUUUUAUACGAAAAUUGUGAACAACCAAUUCAUGUUAUCAACUUUUGCAAAUUAGCGUUAGAUGCAUUUAGUAAUGAACAGUUAAGAAUUGAAUCUGUACAGGCACGAAAAAGACAAAAAGUUGAUAACGAAUCUAUGAAAGUGGUUACAAUAACAGAUCUAACAAAACGCUACACAAUGGUAAUGGCCAGACUUGAACUAGGACGUGAAUUUUCUGAUCAAGGAAACGAAUCUACUCAAUUUAUACAUGGAACAGAUAAAGAUAAAGCUUGGGCUAUGUUAAGAAAAUAUUUGGACAAGUAUGAUAAAAAGGAAGAAACGUUAUCACGAUAUAGAGCUGUUGUGUUAAAAACAAUGCUUACUGUCGAUUCAUAUGUCUCUAUUCCUGAGUGGUUAACCUCUUUUUACAAGGAAAUGGAAAACCAUCAAAGCGGGAAAGUAGCAUCUCACUGUCUUCCAUGGAAUCUUAUCGAUAGUUUGAUGGCAUUAUUUCAAGAUACUUUGGCAAAAACUUUUAAUCCAGAACGAAAAAAAACAAUAGAAAGGUUAAAAAGUGAUUUGAACGAAGCAGUUGAACGAUAUUGUUCAAAAAUUUGUUCGGCUACCAUUAUAAUAACUUAUCAUGGUUGUCGUCCAGAAUUAUGCUCCGAUCAUUGCAAAAUUAUGCAAUUAGGGUUAUUAAUAAAUUCGAAG